AUGUCCGCUUACCCACUGCUUACGCUUUCGAUAAUACUGAUCCUGGGGAGACAAGGAUGUGCCAAGUUACUGGACGAGGGAUGCCGGCCAAGAUAUAUACCCCUGAUAAGCGGAGGUGGUGAAUAUAAUAACCCCACCCCACAUAUGGCUUAUUUAAGGGUCAAUGGUGUGGUGAAAUGUGGUGCCUCCCUUAUUUCAAAUCGCUUUGUUCUUACCGCUAAGCAUUGUCUGAACUUUAAAGGCGACUACUCUGUGGUUUUAGGAAAAUACGACAAGUCUACACCAGAAAAAGAAGAAAAAGUUCCUGUGGCAUAUUUUAAUCCUCAUCCUGACAAGAACAUUGACAUUGCCCUGCUGGAACUAAAGGAUAAAGUGGAGAACAAACCCACUAUCAAACCGAUUUGUAUUAUCGUGGAUACUGCAGUGGAAUCACAGCUCAACUCUAUACCCGAGUUCAUGAUUCUGGGCAGCGUUCAGGAUUCACGCCAACAAGUCCUUGUUGAGCGGACUGACUUGUCCUCGUGUGGCAAUCGCAAAGACGAAUAUAGUAUUUGUGUAAAGAACCCCGAUCAGUUCUCUUGUGAAGGUGACACGGGCAGUCCCUUGGCAGGUUAUUUCAAGUACAAUGGUGAGACGGUCUUGGCCCAGGUAGGAGUACUCGCCGGAGGUUCGAAUCCAGUAUGCAACACCUAUUCCGAUGUCGUGAAGAUAACGCCCUGGAUCGUUAGCACAAUAAACAAGGAAAAAGAGGAAAGCAUAUGGAGGAAAAUAAUCAACUAUAUUUGGUCGUUAUUUGAGUAA